UGAUGGACAUGAGUUUGGGUGAACUCCGGGAGUUGGUGAUGGACAGGGAGGCCUGGCGUGCUGCGAUUCAUAGGGUCGAAAAGAGUCGGACACAACUGAGCGACUGAACUGAACUGAAGUAUAUAGUCCAGAGUGAAUUUUUUAUCGCUACCAUGAGUGCUUUGACUAAAACGGUGAUUCUCAAACUUGAAUGUGGGUCAAAAUCACCUGGAGAGCUUGUUGAGCUGGACGUUCUUGGACUCCAUCCUCAGAGUUUCUGAUUCAAUAGGUCUGGGCUAUGGACCUAGAAAUUUGCAUUUCUAACAAAUUCCUAGGUGGUGCUGGUGCUACUGGUCUCAUACCUUGAGAAUCACUGGUCUAAACAACAAGCCUCAAUCAUGACCAAUGAUAAAAAACUCUGGCCAAACAGCAAAAUGCAGAAAAUUUCAUCUAUGAUCAUGUACUUUUUGCUUCAUUUACAAAAGUGUUUGCCCUUUUUUUUUCCUCCCAGGGCAGACUUUGUUACUUGAUGAUUUAUUUCCACUUGUGGGACCAGCUGAACUGGAUAUUUAUCAUCAGAUAUUUACUUAGACCAAAAAUAAAUAGUUAUAAAUUCUGUAAAAAUAGAUGCUGGCAUCCUGAUUUCCUUGCAAGGGUGGUUCUCCAAAACCUGCUCUCUCCUAGAUUUCUAUCACUGACUCUUAUUUAAACCAAAAGUACCAGCAGCAAACUUAGCAUCAGAAUUCAGCUGUGCCCUGUUCUCUGCUGUCACACCCUGUAUUCCCCACCUUAUUCCCAGUCUCCCCAAGCUCUCUUUACUCCAAAUAUCAGAUUUUGUAUUAAACUAUUAAUGGCAGUUUCUAAGGCAACAUUCUAUUAAUAUGUCUGCUUCAAAAUCAACUACCUAAUGACAGGUCAUGGUGUUAAGUGACUAAGGUUAUAUCCAUUGAAAAAAUGUUAGCAAUGGAGAGCGUGGAUGAAAACAUCAGAAAAAUGUUAAAACACUUCCAAGAAGGCCAACACAGGCAUAUUUGGAGUAAUGUAACUUGCAUCCUUCAUGCUGGUCACCAAUGGCUUUUGGCCUGAGCACUGUCAUUCUGUGCAGUUGUAAUUAGAAAGAACCCAAGGGGUCAGCUUUGAUUUUGAAACAGAACUGUCAUCCACAAUAAGACUUCCUGUGUAGGAAGAAAAUUCCCCAUCAUUCUCUUAGCAGGACCUGGAGAGAAGAAUGAAUAAUAUCCAGCAAAUUCCAAAUUUCACUGGUACUAAAACAUUGUUUUGCAUUGUAAUAUUGCUGAAUUUUAGGUACAUCUUACAAUGAGUGGGAUUUUAUAAUCAUGGUCGGCCAGGUGACAGAGGAGAUGGUUUGUCACUGCCUGAACACACACAAACUCAGUGGUUUUUUCCUGGUAGGAUGACUUGGUGACUGUAAUCUCCAUGUUUCCGUCAACAAAUGGUACAAGGACAAUUUGGAAAAGAAACAUGCUUCCCGUUGUCUGAAAACCUUCUAAUGACACCUUCAGAUCAGCAACGUCUUGUUUUUCAUCUUACCGCCCAUCUGCAUGUGCUUGUUCCGGCAGUAUGCAACGUGCUUCAACAGUGGCAUCUACUUAAUAUGGACUCUCUUGGUUGUAGUGGGAAUUGGAUCCGUCUACUUCCAUGCAACCCUUAGUUUCCUGGGUCAGAUGCUAGAUGAACUUGCAAUCCUUUGGGUCCUGAUGUGUGCUUUGGCCAUGUGGUUCCCCAGAAGGUAUCUACCGAAGAUCUUUCGCAAUGACAGGGGCAGGUUCAAGGUGGUGGUCUGUGUCCUGUCUGCAGUUACAACGUGCCUGGCGUUUGUCAAGCCCGCCAUCAACAACAUCUCUCUGAUGACCCUGGGGGUUCCCUGCAUGGCGCUACUCAUUGCUGAGCUCAGGAGGUGUGACAACGUGCGUGUUUUUAAGCUGGGCCUCUUCUCCGGCCUCUGGUGGACCCUCGCCCUCUUCUGCUGGAUCACCGACCGGGCCUUCUGUGAGCUGCUGUCGUCCGUCCACUUCCCCUACCUGCACUGUGUGUGGCACAUCCUCAUUUGCCUUGCCGCCUACCUGGGCUGCGUGUGCUUCGCCUACUUCGAUGCUGCGUCCGAGAUCCCUGAGCAAGGCCCCGUCAUCAAGUUCUGGCCCAGCGAGCGGUGGGCCUUCAUCGGCGUCCCCUACGUGUCCCUUCUGUGCGCCAACAAGAAAUCCUCGGUGAAGAUCACGUGAUGGCAAGGCGGUGACUGGCCUCUCUGCCCCCUAACCUUCACCUGCCCGCAAAGACAGCCAGGGUGGGGGUUUCGCAGAGUUGGCAGUGGGGUCUGUCUUUUUAAAAUUCUAUUCCCUUGGGAUCUAACUAGUGUAUCUGUGGACCGCCAGGACUCCACAGUGCCUGGGGGGAGAAAUGCUUGCCCAGAGAUGGGAAGCAGAUGGCCAAGGGGCUCUGGGUGUGUAUUCUGUGUCACCUCCAGCUGCAAGGCUCAUUGGGCUGUGUCCUUUGUGGUGAUGGCAGAGCCGUCCAGUGGGGGACCCCUUGCUGCACACGCCUUGCUUCCGGGCCCCGCCAUCCCCUUGUGUUCCAGGAGCCGACCCUCCCGUGACAGACACUUCCUGCAUCAGACGAGACCCUCUGUCCAAUGGAAGAGGCCAGAGCUUUUCAUCUGGGGCCACUGUCCUAAAUCAGAAGCAGACAGAGCACACACAGGGCUUGUGCCCUGGGAGGCUGGUUUCCCCCUGCAGUGCUCUGUAACCCGAGGUUUACAUACACGUGUGAGCCCUUUUCCUGCUACCUCUGCUGGGAGAUGGAGACUUGACUACAGAUCGGGGUGAAGCUAAUGUGCAAAACACCCUGUGCCAAAACCCGACAUUCCACUUUAAGCCAUUCUGGAAGAUGAGCACAAUCUUUAAACGCUGACAUGGUUUGGCUCCCCAACCCCACCCCAGCCCAGUAUCCUCAAAUACAAAGAAGAAUAGCUGCGGUGUGAGUGUUCCUGCCCUCUUAGUACUUGACCUCUGUGACAUUCCCACAGGCCUGUGACAAUCGCGGUAGGGAUCCUGGUUCAACAUUUGGAGCAAAUGUGAAGUCUGAGAAGUUGUUCUCAUUGGAAGCCUCUUGUCUGCUGUCCUGUUCUGGAAAUUACUGUCAAGAAUCUUGCCUCUUCUUUCUCUGAUAUCUACUGUGGGAAUUACUCUCGGUAUUCUCACGGGAUGAGGUGCUUCCUGCAGCUUCUCCAAUCAUUUGACCACUUGCCUUUCUUAAGUGCUGGCUGUAAUUAUUCACUGGCUGGUUUGGGUGCAGCAGGACAAACCUCUUGCCCUCUGAGUUCUUCUCACCUACAGUCACACUGGCUGCAACUCAUCUCCUCUUCACUGGGCUGAACGGAAGACCCCACAUGUGUCUUCAAGGUGCGAGGUGGGGAUUCAUGACCUCAGGGAUACUCGUGUUAACUCAGGCAUCUCUUGCUUUGCAACAUUCCAUCAUGGGAGCAGGCAGAACAGACGUGUCCUUCUUGUGUGGGUGGGAAGUAUGUCAGUGUCCUCUGUAUUUAAGAAUGGGGCCGUAGCAAUUUUGGCUUGUCUGGGCACCCUUAGACUCUCGUUAGAACUUGCACAGGAUCAAAGGGUGAAUAGUCCAAGGAGCAACUGAAUUUAGAAAUGAAUGACUUUAUUCUACUUCCGUGGUUUUCAAAUGAUUUUAGCAGAAGAACCCUGUUGGCUGUAAGGCAUCUUUAUGGAGACCUAAUGUGUGAAAUAAGUUGUAUUCUAUUAGCUUAAUUUUAUUUUGAGGUUAAGCUCGCAGCAUUUCCUGAAUAAUGAAAGGCAGUGAAAUGGAAAGUAACAAAUUGGUGGUUUCCAAGGUAGAAAGAUUUGGUAUGGAGUGACUGUCCAUGUUGCUUUAGUAUAGUUUAAAAAUCAGUAUUUGAGUUAAAUACUCAUGGAAAUGUUAACUUAUCAAUAUGAGACCUAGGUAGCUUGUGGAACAGUAUUGGAAAACUGCUCUUUAAGCCCUUUGGGUUUCAAGACUAGUUUUCUUUAAAGGAGCAGUCAGACCAUCCUCUUUUCAGACUGACCCACCAGGCAUGGAUUCUGUUUUCAUAAGCCCAGCUCUUUUAGUGGGAAAGAGUAAAGAGAAGCAGAGUAUAGGUAAUGUUCUGUGUGUGUGAAGUUUAGUUUCUGUCUUGAAAGUUCCUCGGUGAUGGGAGCAUUGUCCCAGCCAUCAGGGAGGGACCAUUUCUCCUGAUGAAAUGAAGGGCAUGUUCCUUGGGAACCACCACGUCCAGCCCCAGAGGCUUUCACCUGGCCCACCUGGAAGGUUCUGAAUGACCUUGGAAAUGGGAAUGAAAUGCGACUCUGCUAGGAGGAAAGAAGUAAGUGCUCUAACUUACAGGGCCAUUUCUCUUCUUCUGCAAGACAAAUGGCUAAGUUUGAGAAAGAAUGCUUUUGUUAUGAAAAACAAAAUGCCCUUCUAGCACAUGCAUGAGUGCUCAGCCCAGUCAUGUCUGACUCCUUGCCACCCUAUGGACUGCAGCCCGCCAGGCUCCUCUGUCCAUGGGGUUCUCCAGGUGAGAAUACUGGAGUGGGAUGCCAUUCCCUUCUCCAUUGGAUCUUCCUGACCCAGGGAUCAAACCUGAGUCUCUUAUGUCUCCUGCAUUGGCAGGAGGGUUCUUUACCACUAGCCCCUUCUAGAGGUUGAUUUUACUGGGAUGAGGCUGAGAAAAAGUGUGGAAUAUGGUGUAUUUGAGGAAGACAAGUCUUUGCUCUACGUCUGAAAAGAAAUCACUAUGUUUACCAGUGUGGCAGGGUAAAUCAAGAGAGUAGGAAUAUACCAAUCUUACUUUGGAUUAUGGCUUCAUUCAUAUUUAUAUUUACAUUUAUAUUCAUAAUGCUCUUAUAGCACUACAUGCUUCUUAAGGAAAAUGGGGAUAUCACAGAAAAGUUGAAAGAGAAGAAAACAAAGUAAUCUGUUUCUAUGGCUCAAGGGCAAGCACUGUUAAUAUAUUUUGGUAUAUUUCCUUCUCAUCUUUUUUUCCCUAAUACAGUUGUAAAUAGAUGUCUUUUAGAGCUGACAGUUGAUUUUGUACCUUGAAUGGAAUAUAAAUGCCAGUCAUAUUUUUUCUGAAGAGCAGGUUUUGGGAUAUCUGAGAGUUAGCUAUAUUCUUGAGUAUUCGUCACUGGAUUGCAAGACUUACUCUGAGUCUUCCCUUUUUAUUUGAGCCUAACAUCAAUGGGCCCUAAGAAAAAAUGAGUUCUACUUUUUGAUAUGUUUCUGCACUUAGAUGGACGAGUCAUAGAAAAUAGCUGUUAAAUAUAUAGUUCUACAGGUUUUGAUGUAAAGAGUGAAUAGCUUAUUUCAUUCCUUGAUGUGCAAUCAGGAAUCUUUUUAUCCCCCCUGGUAAUUCAGGGAGGUGGAGAUUUGACAGGACUUAGGUCAUGACUAUUACUCAGCAUGGCUAUUAGAUAUUUCUUCUGAUGCGGAUUUGCCUAAGAUUGACACCCAGCAGGUACUGGAUUUGGAAUAUUAAAAAAAAAUUAAUGUAACCAAGUGAUCAUUUAACAAUUCGUAUUUUAUAGUGUCUGAUUUUUAGAAAAUAGUUCCUGCUUUUAUUAUUUUAAUGUAAAACCAGCAUUUCAGUGACUAUAUUGCAGGUGUCUGGGGAUAAGAUGCCUGCAUCUGUUUGGAGGUAGGCUACAUUUGGGGGGUGCGCUGUGCCUGUCCCCCCGAAGAAUGCCUAGAAGACGUUCCUUGUGGAUCAGAGAUGUUCUUUUGGGAGACUAAGCAUGAUGGUCAUCAAGCACAGGAUUUGUAAAAAUAACAUCACCUAUGCUAUUUAUUGGAUUUCUCAGGUAUGUAAUAAAAACUUCUCCCUCAUUCAUUAUGCUUACGCGAGCUGGUGCCAUUCUGGAGGCGUCAGAACUGAGGGGUGAGCCUCCCCUGGCUCUUCAUCCCUCGGGGUUGAUGUGGAACCAUCUGUCUGGGGGACAGGUGAGGGCUGAAGCUUGCCUGGACACAGCCUCUCUCAUAGCUCCUUGUUCCCAAAUGAACCUGGAACCCCUAAUAGUCAGCUCUUUGCCUGGUUGCUGCUGAUCCAGCUGGUCAAAGAGAAGUCUUGGGCUAGGUUGGGAUUCUCAAUGGAUUUUGUAGACAUCAUUUUCCUACAGAUUUUUUAAUGGCCCCGACUUUAAAGAACUCAUUGUUUGAAUUGUAGCUUUCCCUAUUUUUUAAACCAGUUCUGAGACAAUUUUGUAACCACAAUAUGUAAUCAGAGCAAAUAGAUACAUAUUUUCAGGUAUCUACCUUGUUCUGUACUUUAUAUAGGGUGUGCUGUAUAAGGGCAGUGGGCCCACUGGCUGUGGUAGCAUAUUUAAUCUCUGUUACAUUGGGAGUGACUUAAGGCCUUUCGAAAUGGAGUUUUUGCACUUUAUGCUCUUUUUGUGAACUGACUGUGAUGGCUAUGUUUGAUAUUAAAGCCCUAAGGGUCAUUUUCUGUGAAUGAAUAGGUAUAUGUUUGUUUAUUUCCAAAAUGAUUUCUGCAACAGCUUCCAUGAGAAACACAUUUAAGGGGUUGUAAGGUACAUUUGCUCAAACUCAUUUAUUAAGGAAUUUGGGUAUCGUUCUUAUUAAGCAUACUUAAAAUGAGUACAUUUAAUACUAAUUAAACAUGCUAGUUAAUUGUUGGUUUCUUCUUAGAGCUGUGAAAUUAAUGCACUUACAUGUUUCCAGUAUAAAAGUACCUAGAGGCAGUUUGUUGAAAGGUCUGUAAUUAUGUCAGGUGGAUAUAAAAUCUCAAAUGCAGAAAACAUUUCAUCUAAGCUGCAGUGCGUCCAGUCACUGGAAGGAAGAUCAUAUAACAAAAUAAAAUAGUAAAUGAAUUUAGCAGGAAAAUUCUGUAUACCCAUUUUUCUUUAUUUCCUGUGAGCAUUGUUUUUAAAUUAAGGGAUUCAUAGGCAAUCCUGUUUAUAAGAAUAAUGUGACUAUGAGAGGAGACAGAUUGAGUGGUCAGCAGUAUCAGUAAUGCUGCUGUGGUCUUAGACAUUUUUUCUGGCCAGAACGAGGGGACGAGGGGUGGCCACUGAGGUCUUUGAUAAUCUGCUAUAAGCAGUGGGUCUUCUCCCUAGGAAAAUGGCUGUACAGAGAAUUACUUGGGUAUUCAGAUGUCCCGAGAAGCCACCCGGGUACAGAACUGUGUGACACGACAUGAAGCCAGGAGUCACCUCCUUUCUGGUGGUGAAAUCGAGGUCUCCACAGCUCAGUAUUCUUGACUGCCCCCCAAGAUCAGCCCCAGCCCCCUUCUCCUGUGAGGACUUUCCGUCAUGAGGGACCGAAACUUACACCUUAAGAGUUAAACAAAUUUGAAAUUUACGUCUUCCUCAAGCCUCUGGUCCUGAUUUAUACUUCCAGACCCUCCUUAAGAUGUUAUCUGGAUCUGCUGUAUUUUUGCACUGUGGAAAUUUUUGCAGAAUAAAAAAAUGUUUUAAAUAUGGUAUUUGGGUUUUCUUCCUCUGCUCUCUCUUGAGCGGAGCUCAGCUUCCUCCUCUGGUCCCACCUUAAAGGGGCUGGCAGUCCCUUUCCCCAGUUUACACAGUUACCUUUUAAAAAGUUUUUUUAAUUGGAGGAUAAUUGCUAAAGCGUUAUCUUUAUCUCAAGUGGGCACUUUUGUCUCUGGUCACCUCCAGGCCUGGUGACCCUCUGAGUAUUAACCCACAAAAAG